AUGGACAGUUCCUACGGUAGCCCAGUUUCCUCCUUUAUCGGCGACUCCUAUGUCCGCUCUACCUGGAUUGCCUUCUUUACCUUAUGGGUCCUUUGGGGCUUAGCCUACAUCUUCCGUCACGCCUUCCUCAGAGAUGACGAGGUUGCUCCUACAGCAACGGAUCCUGCGGCGGCGGGGACAGCAGCGAAUGCAGAUCCAGAAGCAGCCAACAAGUCAUCAGGCUUUUUGUUCAAGGCGCGUUCUGGUUUUAACCGUCGUUUCCGCAACUUUUACAGUGUCCUGCGCGAUUCCUUGCUCAUGCUUCUGAGCGUGGUUGCCCUCAACACCCUUGGUGUCGGCUCUACACGCGCUGUGCUCAUUCUGGCCUGGAUCUUUGUCAUCUUUACCAUCCUGUACGCUAUUGCCGACUUUAUCUUUGAGCACCGUUUUAUCCGCAUCGGUUUCUCCACUAUCUUGUACGCCAUUGGCUUGGCCAUUGGUGGCUCUGCCAUUGCUCGUGGUUGGAAGCUGUAUUAA